GAAAAUCUGAGAGCAAGUCUUUUGUUUCAUUUUCAAUUUUGUCAGCAAAUCGCUGAUUCCACGUCACGACACACACACCCGCCAUUCGGUCUCUUUUCACUUGCUGAACUGCAUCAGUAUUCAUGGGCAAGAAGCAGCAGCAGCAGCAGCAGACGCACGGUGCCAAGAAGAAAGGCGGUCGCCACGACGCUGCUGCCGCUGCAGAGCCAUCAAGCUCAGGCUCAGGCUCCAGCAGCAGCAGCAGCAGCUCCAAGACGCAAGACCGCGCACUGCGCAAUCAGCUCAGGAAGGACAGGCCGCCUCACGUUGUGAAUGCAGAAUUCACAGAGCAGUUGAAACUGUUGGGAAUGCGGCUCAAGGACGUGCCAGGAGAUGGCAACUGUCUUUUCCGAUCCUUCGCCGACCAGAUGGCUGGCGACGAGAGCCACCAUGUCAUGAUGCGCCAAGAAGUUGUGGCGUACAUGAAGGCACAUCGAGAGGACUUUGAGCCGUUCAUGGAAGACGAUGUCAAGUUUGAUCACUACAUUGUAGAGCUCGCCAAACUCGGCACAUUCGCCGGCAACGACACGAUCGUAGCGUUCGCGCGGCUCAAUCGGAUCAACAUUGCCAUCCACCAGCUGAACUCGCCUCGGUUUGAAGUCGUCACCAACGAAGACCCCUCCGCACGUUGGAUCAACCUUGCCUAUCACAACCACGAGCAUUACUCGUCAGUCCGAGGCAUCAACGAAACCAACGUCGGGCCCUCCACCGCUGUCGCGAUUAUCAAUUUCCAAGCGGUCCAAACGGCUGAAGCAGCAGCAGAAGCCGCAAGUCAGGCAGCGGCGGCCAAGGACAAGCAACGUGGUGGGCUGGGCAUUGUCAUGAGCGCGAUUGAGCGCGAGAUCUACCAGGCCACAGAAUGCGAUGAUGUCGAACUGAUUCGCUCGCUGCUCGAGGUCCAUCGAAACAACACCAACGUGGUGGUGGAUAAAAUCUGGGCCAUGAAGCAUGAUCAACAGGAGGAAGAAGAUGCCCUCAAUGCUGCCCUCGCUGCAAGCAGUAUCUCCGAGCCGGCUGGCGCAUCCAGUUCGACUUUUCUUCCCAAAUCCGAGGUGAUUGCGGCAGACAGAGCCAGCCCCGCUGGCCCCAUUCCAACUGGCGAUUCGGACGCUGAUGCCGAGGAUGCGGAGAGCGUUGCAAACGCAGUCGCGCUGAUUCAGGCAUACGAGGAAGAAGCCGAAUCGGCACAAGCCUUUGCUUCAGCGACUUCCUCCUCCUCCUCCUCCUCCUCCUCGUCCGCGGCUUCUGCCUCUCCUUCCUCUUCUUCUUCGUCUUCUUCUUCUUCUUCCUCUGCAUCGGCUACCGCCGUUGCUUCAUCCAGUCAUCGAAAUUCCAAGCCGAGCGCCAAGCAAAGAAAAGCCGAAGCCAAGCGCGACCGUAAGAAGCGAGGCGAGCUGGAAAAGCAGAAAGAGCACCAAGGCCAGACAGCGACAGCAACCGCCGCUUCGUCUAGCCUACCAGUUGCUCGUGGCCUCACCUCGCUCAAAAUAUGAAGCAAUGUCGAUCUGGUUGCAAAUAAAAUCUAUUAACA